AUGGCGCCAAACGCAGUACCACAUGGACCUUCAGAUCCCGACUGGACUGAAGCGGAAAAGGAAGAAUUGCUAGAUUACUACAAAUUCUGCAUCGAGCAACGAGACAAAUGCAUCGAGAAUUUGGAGGCGAUCUACCAGGAACAGAAGGACUUGGAAGCAUUAAAUCAGGAGGAAAAGAAUUCAGAACAAAGAAACGACGAUUCAGAUGGUGACCACGAUAAAAAGGUGCAGAUUCAGUCCGAUGAUCUCGUUCGCAAAGCUGCUGAUGAGGUAACCCUCAUGGAGGGUUAUCUUGACAUUUUGAUUUUCAUCGAGGCCGAGAUGGAUGCAAACGAUCUGUCUAAUCCCUAG